UUCACUAUAGGUCACUAGUGGAUCAUAUGUCUCGUAAUCGAGAUGAAACCCAAGGCUGAAAGCAAAUCAUUCAACACAAGUUACACAUAUGUUACGGAGUAUACUCAAGCGAUGGAGGCAGCGAUCCUUCUUUCACAAUCCCCAUAUUUAGUUGUCGACUGCGAAGGACGGGACAUUGGACGAAGUAAUGGCCAGCUAUCCUUACUCGCAAUCGGUACAGCACGAGCGGAGCAUGUCUUCCUCUUUGAUGUUCUGAACAUCAGGGAUGCGACAGAGCCUUCUCUCUCUGCUUUACUGAGCCUGCUCAGUGAAGCGUCCAUUCCCAAGAUCAUGUGGGAUGGCAGAUGCGAUUACCUAGAGAUCCUGCUCCUGUAUGGUGUCCAAAUGAAAGAAAUCUGGGACCUGCAGGUUGCAGAAAUCGCCUCUCAAGCGCUACGAGGGGAGGGGGAAAGUAAGCGGAUGGCCGAACUGGCCCACCGAGGCGGGUAUACUUGGAAGGUGGUCAGUCGCGAGUCCCAUCUCUUUCAAGGAAUUUAUAUGGUCAACGGUCUUGCGGGCAUUGCACGCAAGUUCCACCUUACCAAUGAAUUGGCGAAGAAUCCUGAGGUCGUGGCCAUGCAUAAGGCAGGAGAAAGCGAGCGCUGGAUGGAGCGUCCGCUUUCUCCUCAACUCCUCCAAUAUUCUGCUAACGACAUAUACCUCAUCGCUACUGCCUUUACCUUCUUCGAGGACAAUGGCUGGAUCCUCCCUGAUCUUUCCGCCCAGUCGGCACGUUAUAUUACCCCGGAGACCUCUCGUGAGCGAAGAGACAUGCAGGACAAGCUGGGCUCCAACCGCUUCCUGCCUUUAGGCGUACUGAGUGACCCUGCAUCACAGGAGGGUCCUCUCUACGACUGUCUGCAAUGCGGGCGAUCCCUUGAUCUCACUUGCUAUGAAAAUACCGUCUUCAGAAUGAAACCGGCGUCCAAAGCACAUGGCGUACGGAAAACACCCAUAUCCAAAGAGAAACUCGGCGCUCUUCCAGAGUCCAAACGCAAAGCAUGCUGUCGCUUGUGCACGGUCUGCGCUAUGAAGAGCGAGCUUGUUCUCGAUGACUCCUGGGUGGAGCUUUGAUCUGUCGCUCUAGGUCUGUAAAUACUCGAAUACCCGCAUGGCCCAUCUUUACCUUGACAAUGAUCCUAUGUAUAUGUCAACCUUGCAGAUUAUACCCAAAUUGUUUGUUUGAUAUCCCUUUUCUUGGUUUGAUACGACUUGCGUCUUCGUAUGACGUCUCAGGUUUUGUUACCAGCCAGUGUUCAGAUGUUGCCGCCUGUUUCGGCAAAUAAUAUUUGUGUCUUCUGAGAUCGCUCGAGAGUGAUCAGGGUGUCCUCGGAUAUUACUUGACUCGAAGCUAGGGGGCCAUCGAGUCCGCUGUCAUUCAAGGUUGCAUGUGCACGCCUUUCACUUCUCCACUGUUGUCGCGGUUACAGGGGUGAAUUAGGCAUUCUGCUAUUCGUUAGUUGAAGCUAAAUAGAUGUUUCUUUUCACUUCGUCCAUUGGCGGACUUUGGUGUCAUGUCCCGAUAUCCAGUUCUCUCGCGGAAUAUCCUGUGUCUAUCCGCUGCCAUUCAUCAUAACGAACCGAAUUCUUUGUAGAAUUAGCUGUGGUCGUUGAAGUAGACGGUCGGGGCACUUGGAUCGAUCUGCUUCUUGUCUCUGCAGCAUUAUGCUCUAUAUUGCUAUGUUCAUUUUUUGGGCCGAUAUGAC